UUUAAAUCAAUGGGAGAAAAUAAUUUCUACUCUCUAGGUAGUUCAUAAAUGAGCAGUAUAAUCAAGAAAGAAUAUUCAGAUGAUUAAUCAGAAAGAAGCAGAAUUUCAACUUAUUAGAAGUGUCUUUUUUAAAAAAAUAUUUUUAGAAAUAACAAUUUAAGUCUUUCAGAUUUGGAUCUUAAGCACAAGGAUAAAAUUUAUUACUUUUAGCCAUUUUCUCCAAAAAUAAGUAUUGACCCAUAACAACUCUAUGAAUUUUUUUAUGCAUCAAGUACAAAUAAUGGAUAAAAAUUUGGAAUAUUGAUAAAAAGUUAAUACAAUGAUCUAGUGUAGAUAAGUUAAUCCUACCCAGAUAAAACUGUUAACCAAUUAGAAUUUUUGGCUACAAUUCAUGGAGUCAGAUAUUGUAUUGAUUUAGGAAUUUAAAAAUUAAUUGUAAAGGGAAAUAGUUAAGUAUUUUCUUACUUAAUCCUAGUUAGUAACCAAAAUGAGAGAAUUUAAUUUGAAUAAUUAAUUGGCAGCUUAUAAGGAAGCUAUAUAAUAAUAUAGCUAAUUUUUUGAGCUAAUCAAUUUUUUAUAAAUCCCAAAAGAAUUUAAUAAUAAAGCAAAAGAGUUAUCAAGAGAAAACAAAGAUUUUGUAAAAAUUGUAGCAGAUUAAAGCAAAAUUUUAGAUUAAUCCUACUCUUCAUAUAAAAUCAAUUAAGAUUAAUUUUAAUUUUAACCAUAAAAAAAAUAGCAAGAUAAAUUAUUAUCUUCUUUAGUAAAUUCAUUUUAAUAAUAAUCUUCAAAGAUUUAUUCUUUAUAAAAUAUUAUUGCUGAUUAAUGUGCUGUUUAAUCAAAGAUGCCUCAAAUAGAUAAUAUUAUUUCAUAAUAUAAAGAAAUUUUCAGUGAAUAUGAUAACUUAUCUAUCAAAGCAAUAAAUUUAGAGUAAGAUAAAAAUUAUGCUUUACUUUUUGGAAAAGUUGAUAGUUCUAAUAAAGUUGCAAAUUUCUAGAUAAAUUAAGAUUUGAAUGAGAUAAUUGUUGCAACCUUCUGCUUUUCCAAUCCGAAUAUUGCAAUUCAAGAAAUUUCUUUAUUAUAUGGAAUGAGAUUCUUAAUUGAGAAUAAAAUAAACUAUUUAAAUUGCUUUACAAAUGAUGAAGUAUUCAUUUAUUAAAAUUAUAGGCGUUUUGUAAUUUAUUAGAUAAUGAAAGUGAUAAAUUAAAGAAUUCCAAUAUUAGAGAAUAAAGAUGUUUAUUUGAGAUGAAAUAAUUAUUUAGUCGAACUAAGUGUAAAAUGAUAAAAUCAUAAGAUUUAUUUAAAGUUCUUCAAUUAGCAUAUUAAAAUAAAUAAUCGAGAUUUUAAAUCAUUGAUGAAUCUAUAUUGGCAUAAAAUAGAAAGGUUUAAUAAUAUCAAUCCAAAACUCUUUCGACUUUCUCAUAAAUAUUUGACCAAGUAGAAUGA